AUGGUAUCCCUCUCACAAUUGUUGGCUGUGCUACUCUCCACAUCUCUUUUCCUCUUCUUCCUCCGCAAAUGGCACCUCAGCCAUUCUCCGGAGUCCCAAAAACGCCUGCCUCCGUCUCCAUCGAAGCUCCCGGUAAUCGGAAACCUCCACCAGCUGGUAUCAAGCCCCCUUAGAUCUUUGUUGUCACUCUCCCGCCGCUACGGCCCCCUCACGCUGCUCCACUUCGGCAAGUUCCCUUUCAUCAUCGCCUCCUCGGCCGAGGCGGCGCGUGAGAUCAUGAAAACCCAGGACCUAAUCUUCUCAAACAGACCCCAAUUGAGCAUCCCCGGAGGCCUGUUCUACAACAACCGGGACGUGGUUUUCGCGCCGUAUGGAGAGUACUGGCGGCAGAUACGCAGCAUAUGCGUCCUUCAUCUGCUGAGCAACAAAAGGGUUCUAUCUUAUCGUCGUGUGAGGGAGGAAGAGACUUCCAUCAUGGUCGAGAAGAUCAGGAGGGUGGCGUUGGGGAAGAAGUAUGGUGGUGGAAGUGAUUUCAAGGAGUCGCUUGCGGAGAUAGGGGCGCUGAUGUGGGUUGUACCUCUGUGGGAGCUCAUUCCAUGUCUGAGUUGGACGAGAAGGUUCACUAGUGUGGAUAAGAGGAUUGCGAGAGUGGUUAAGGGGAUAGAUGAGUUUCUUGAAGUUGUGAUUCAAGAACAUAGGGUUAGAGAUAGGAGAGGGAGUGAUGGUUCCGAGUUGGAUUUUGUGGACAUUUUGCUGGAUUUGCAGAGAGAGAAUGGGAGUCUCUCACCUAUUGAAGAUUUCACUAUCAAAGCUAUCGAUAUGUUUAGUGCUGGAACUGGGACAACAGUUACAUCCCUUAAGUGGGCGGUGGUGGAGCUGAUAAGAAACCCCACAACCAUGAAAAUAUUGCAAAAUGAAGUGAGAGAAGUAGCCGGAAGCAAGGACGAUAUCGAAGAGCAAGACAUAGAGAAAAUGCCUUAUCUGAAAGUAGUGUUGAAGGAAAGUCUAAGGCUGCAUCCACCGAACGAAAUCCUAGUCGCUCGGGAAUCAACUCAAGACACAAAAUUAUUAGGCUACGACAUCGCAUCUGGUAUACGUGUGAUGGUCAAUGUUUGGGCGAUUUCUAGGGACCCGUCAUUGUGGAAAAAUCCAGAGGAAUUUCGUCCAGACAGGUUUCUUGAAACGAGCAUUUACUUUAGAGAUUGUGUAGUCUAA